AUGCCUAACAAGGGCGACACUGGCAAGUCUUACCAUCUGAAAUGUACAGGCGAUGCCCUACGGACAGCGGAGGCUCAUAGCGAACAAUCCGACUUGACGCUGUUCGGUGGCUGCUUUUGUCCAUUCGUACAACGCGUCUGGGUCGCACUCGAAUAUUUUGGCAUAGAUUACCACGUGCAUGAGGUCGAUCCGUACAAGAAGCCGUCGGAGCUCCUCGAGGUCUCACCGAAGGGCCUGGUACCAGCUUUAAAAUUUAACGGCCUUGAGAAACCAAGGUCGCUUAACGAAAGCGUAGUCAUUCUUGAAUAUCUCGAAGAGUACGUCAGCCAGUCUUCGAGGAGAAAAAAAGGGAGUCUACUGCCUCCCAUUUCGGAUCCAUAUGCACGCGCUCUGGUGCGCCUCCAAGCGGAUCACGUCAACCGCAACCUCGUGCCCGCUUUCUACAGGUACCUGCAAGCCCAGGAUACAGAGAAACAGAUUGAAGGUGGAAAAGAAUUUGUCUCUGCCAUCGAGGGUCUUGUGAAGUUGUUCGAGAGAGCGGCGGCUGAGACCGAUACCGAUGUCGGGCUUUGGAAGGAAGACGGGAAGCUGAGUCUUGCAGACGCCAUGGCUGGACCUUGGCUCUUCCGCGCGACGAACGUCCUCCCCCACUAUCGCGGCUUUAUGAUGCCGGAGGGCGCGAAGUUCCGAGCGUAUAUCGACCGACUUGUAAACUACCCAGCUUUUAGGCGUACCUGUAGCACCGAAGGGUUAUACUUGGAAAGUUACGAAAGAUACGCUUACAACCGUCCGAAUACGAGCCAAGUCGCAAACGCUAUCAAUUCGGGUAGAGGUUUGCCUUGA